CUACCAUCAUUUAGAUCAAAUGCCAAAACCAACGAAAUCUAAUUUGAGGGAGUUCAAAGAUCAUCAAGGGCAUUUUAGCCUAGUUAGAAACUUCCAUCUAGCUGAUCUAUUCACGAUAAUGAACGGCGUAUGCGGUGUCAGCUCAAUUUUCUCAUCUGCCCAUUAUCUACUCGAUAACAACAACAAAGAGGCCAUUUAUUUGGCCUUAUUGUUGCCGGCUUGUGGCUUCAUCUUCGACGCUCUAGAUGGUAAAGUAGCACGCUGGAGAAAGUCGAGUUCCAUGUUAGGUCAAGAAUUGGAUAGUUUAGCAGAUUUAAUUAGCUUUGGUGUAGCACCAGCAUUUUUAGCAUUCACAAUCGGUAUGAGGUCAACAGUAGACAUGAUAAUGUUAACUGGAUUCGUUUGUUCUGGCUUAGCUAGAUUAGCGAGGUUUAACGCUACAGUCGCAAAUCUCCCAAAGGAUGCAGGUGGUAAAUCAAAGUACUUUGAAGGACUUCCUAUACCUUCUAGUCUUGCAUUGGUAUCUCUCAUGGCUUAUCUCGUUAAAACAGAUAGAAUACAUCAAGAUAUACCAUUCGGUGUUUACUUCAACAGUAUACAUCCUAUUAGUUUAAUAUUCGGUUUAUGGGCAGCUGCGAUGGUUUCAAAAACAUUACGAGUACCAAAAUUAUAAUAAUGCAUUAAAUUAAUGACUAAUAUUCUUCCUUCCCUUUUUUACUCUCCUCUUUAUUAUCUUUCUACCAGUUCUUGAUCGCAAUCUGGCUAAGAAUCCGAAUGUGCGCUUUCUCUUGAUAGUUGAUGGCUGAUAGUCAGUACCUCUAGAUGCAAACCUCAACUGUAUCAAAUUAUUCAGUAUUGGUGAAACGAUUGGCCGUCUAUCGAAGAAAGAAGAAGAUAAGUUUGAGAAAGUUGGUUUGUAAUAACUUCUAAUUAUAUUUCUAUUGAAAAAGCUAAAAAUAUUUCCAUUUAAAACCCGUUGGAUAACUUGUCGUGGCAUUUUGAAAUAAAGAAGCAGUCGUCUCUUGAAGUUGAACUAUCAAGAUAUAAAAAUUGCAUUAUGCUCAAUAGAGCUAGGGCAGUAUUAAGAGCACCUAGAGUAGCAUCUGCUAGGUGCCACUCUUCUAUAAACUCAUUUGAUAGAACACUCUACUUGAAGGAGCAACCUGAAGACUCAGUUUUUAAAUCCUUGGAGAAUAAGCAAAAUCUCGCUUUUGAAACCUUCGUUGCUGGACACAGACCAUUGUUUAUUAGCAACCCACCCUUAGAAUCUUCUAAUCAAGUCAGUCAUAAGUUAACAGAUGAACAAGUCGAUUCUAUACUAGACGAGCUAGAUUGCGCUUUAUUUAAAGUUAAAAUUACUGAAAUUGCGGAUUAUAAAUCUGCCUUACAUAGAAUUGGAUUGGGUGAGCGAUUAGAUAUCAAUUUGGAUAGUGUAAAGAGAAAGAGAAAGAGUAAGAUGAACAAGCACAAGUAUAGGAAACGUAGGAAGGCACAACGCGCAGAAAGGAAACGUCUUGGAAAGUAGAUUAUUUAUCAAGCUAUAUCAAUUUUAACCCAAUUUUGAUAUAUAUUACCUUCAUCUUUAUUUAAUAUGGUAGUUGUUUUUGCAUCUUCUUGAUAUUCUUGGUGAAGGAAAGUAGACAACGGGUGGUGGAAUUCAAAGAAUGCACAUCCAUUUUUUGGAUAUGCUGCAUUCUUAUUGUUCACGUCUUCGUGACAGGUUUUGCGUCUUGGUGCACUCUCAUCGAAGCCACCACCAGCGUAAAACAUCACACCUGACUGGUUAGUCGUGAAGUGCAAACUGAUUUCAUCGCUUUUGAGGAGCAAUUGAGUUUCUUGUUUGUCAUUUGCAAUACUCUGUGCAGAUAUGAUAUCAUUCUCUGACUGUGCAAUUGUUCUAUCGAUUUUGCUGCCAUCCCUGUUGAAGAAGUAAUAAUGAUCUUGAAUUAUUUCCUUCUCAUUGAUUUUUCUCAACUUAUUGAAGUCAAAUGGUGUACCAUCAAUAUCAACUUUUGAACCCAAUGCUAGGUUUGAAGAAUCUGAAGUUUCAGCAAUACUUUUUGAGUUUAAAUAGAGCAAAUGAUCGCCUAUAGUAGAAGAACGGAUUUUGUCUGCAGUGAGAUUAAAUCCCCAGUGUUGAGUGAGGUUAAUCGGACAUGGCUUAUCAUCGAGCAUUUUAGCACGAUGUGUGAGAAUUACAGAACCAUCGCUAACAAAGAAUGCAGCUUCAACUAGCAUUUUACCAGGAUAUCCGUUCUCACCAUCAUCUGAGACUAAUUUGAAUAAUUGGAAGGUGAAAUUCUCUGGUAUGUCCUUAUCACCGUAUAACUGCGACUGUGCUAAAGUGAUAGCGUCGAAAGUUUUUCUAUCAAAGGCGUCUAUACCUCCGUGAUGUGAUACGAUUUCACUUUCGACAGGUUCUGGGUGUACAACCGCGCCUGAAGCAAUCUUAUGGUUAUCUACUGGUACUCUAUUUGUGUAUCUUCCUAUAAUUGUAUGCAAAAAUGUUCUACUUUCUUUGUGAUCUUGAGCAUUCUCUGGACCUGGUAUAAUAUCAAUAAGGCUGCCAUCGUUCGAUUUAAUUAGUAAUUUAUG